AUGCCUUAUACUCUUCGGUACGAUGGCGAUUUGUCGUCAACUCGGAAGGCAACUGGUAUCUACAGGCUUCAGUGGGCACCAGCCCGAGUCAGGCCAAUCUGUGAAAGUGAUCUGAGUGGAGGUCACCCUUACUUGCAUUCGCUCGACUUGCAGAAUUUACUCAUUUCCCGUCAGUCGGUCCACCCAAGCCGAAACACUGAGAAGCAUGUUCCAGAGUCUGGUGUUUCUCGCAGUCGACAACAUCACCACUCAGCUACUCUACCACUUUUUUUUCGCCGUUCGCCAUUCGCCAUUCGCCGUUCGCCGUUCGCCAUUCGUCAUUCGCUUACUCCUCGUGAAACUUCUAAUGCCAGAUCCUUCUCAUUUGCCUCCUUCUACUCAUCUUUCUGCUUUUCGUCUGCCUCCUCCUCUCCUUUCAUUCUUCCUCGUACCCCUCCCUCCCUCUUUCUCCUCUUCCUCUUCCUCUGCCUUCUCCUUCUCCUCCUCCUCCUUUUUCUUUGCCUCUCUCCUCUUCCUCCCCCACCGCCUCGAUACAUUUGCACCGGUCCCUUCUUAGCCUCGUUUGUUCGCACGAGCCAGACUACUCAUCCUCCCUUGCGGCCUUUCGGCCUUUGUACUGGCGAAAAGAAAGUGAGUGCUAAAUUGUCCAGCUUCAAAGCAGCUGUCGACCGGCAAGAC